AUGUAUGUAAGUUACUUACUGGAGAAGGACGUUGGCAUGUACCAUGGAUCUAUGCGUGCCCACCCAGGGCUACAGAACUACCCUAGUGCUCCUCAGUACCCAGAUUAUGGGGGAUAUCAUGGACUGGGCAUAGACUCUUCUGCACCAUCAUCUGGUUCCCCAGCCUGGAUAACUCCAUAUGGAGCCCCAAGGGAGGAUUGGAACCAUUCAGCUUACCCAGGAGGGCACACCCCAAUAAACCCGUCUCCAGGGGGUAGUUUGGGGUACAGCCCAGUUUCUGACUACCCAGCUGGGCAGGUGCAAGGACCACCAUGUGUUGGAGUAUUGCCAGUUGGUCAUCAGCCUCAGCUCUCUCCGGGGGCAGCAGAAGGGCAGAGGAGGCAUCAUUACGAAUGGUUGAGGAAACCAACUACCCAAGGGACCUCGGUAAAAACAAGGACAAAAGAUAAAUACCGGGUAGUAUACACUGACCAUCAGAGGCUUGAGUUGGAGAAGGAAUUUCACUACAGCCGGUACAUCACCAUCAGGAGGAAAGCAGAGUUAGCAGUCACUCUUGGCCUCUCAGAAAGACAGGUGAAGAUUUGGUUCCAAAACAGACGAGCAAAGGAAAGGAAGAUCACCAAAAAAAGGAUCCAGCAGAACCAAACAGGCCACCCAUGUCCUGAUUCUUUAAGUCCAGUGUCCAAUAUGGGCCAUAUGAUGCAGGUUCCUGCCAGUCACGUGGGUGUACUGCAAAACCCUGUCACACAAUGACACCAAGGAGUUUACUGUUUGACUGUAAAACUGCUGAAACUCAACUCGGGGCAUAGAUUUCAGGCCCCCAUAGGCCAGCACUGUCAUAGACAAAUUGUCAGCUUGGAUGGGAGAUAUAGAUGAAGGAAAUCUCUAACCACUUGAUUCAUAUAGGAUCUGAAACAUUAUUCAUAAAAAAUGGGGAUAUUCAUACUAUGAACACAAAUAUGAAAUAUUCUAUUUGAAUUAUUUUGGAAAACAUUUUUCCAAAUGCAAGGAAAGACUGCUACAGAUCUUCAAAAUAAGGUGGUUACCUGACUGUAUUAUAUUUUAUAAACAGAAUGGCAAAGUGACUUUUUAAGUGAUAUGACUCAGGGAUUGAUUAUUUUGGUAGAAAGAAAAAUAUCUUGUUAAUAAUAUACAACUGCUGUUUACUUUUUUUUUUGUGCCAAGCAAGAUAGAUACUUGCUUCCUAAUAUUGAAUAUUUUAGCUCCAGAUGUGUUUUCUAACAU